AUGAUCAUGGCGGACAAACAGUGGACAUGGAACGCGAGAGAUAACCCGUCGGGAGCUGUUUCUGGAGCGGUUCCGAUUCCGAGUCAAGGUUUGCAUCGAGAGGAGAUGCUUCCUUUAUCAACCCCUCAUGGAGAAAGUCUUGGUGGACGAAUUAGUCAACAAGUGAUUGAAAAUGUUCUCUCUGGAUCACCUGGAUCAUUUGCAACUCCACGGAAAGAAGAGCUCGGUCCGGUGAUGCCAUUUACAGGGUACAUCCCACAGUCAAUCGGUUACCAAUUGCCAUCACCGGCCGGGGAUACACAAGAAAUGCAGAAUUUCCCUGGUGGUGUCCCAAUUCCUAUUCCACAGGGGACAAAUGGAGGAAUCGCAAUUGGAAGCACUCCAACUGGGUAUGGCUGUGGAUCUUGGGGUGCCGUCUAUCCGUCGAUUCCUACCGCCAGUCCGGCAACCAUCUCACAACAUCAAUCGAUCAAUGAUCCAAAUAUGGCUGUGGUUGACGGAAAUGCUCCCUUCUUUGGCACAACUCCACCGUAUGGAGGAGCAAUGUUCGCAAAUCAAAUCAAUAACUUGACGGGCGCCUUGUCAAGUAUGAGCCUCGUACAACAGAAUCCUAUGAUGACAAAUAAUAUGUUAUUCAACAAUCCACAGCAAAUGUUCAUGAUGCAAGGAAUGCAAGGAAUGCAAGGGAUUCAAUCACAAUAUCAACCGAUUGGCAAUGCUAAUGGGUACAUUGGCAACAACUACAAUCAGAUUAGCGCCUUUAAUCAGAUUGCUCAACCGGCUCGGAAUGGACCAGGCGGAUUGCCGCAUUUUCAAGGACAAGUGCAAAGAAAUUAUCAAGGUAUGUCAAAAAUGGGUAGUGAUGGAGUGCUUCGAUCAUCGAUUCUCGAUGAUUUUCGAAACAAUCGCUCACCACACUUGUCACUCACUGAUAUUGGCAAUCAUGUUGUUGAAUUUGCUCAAGAUCAGCAUGGAUCUAGAUUCAUUCAACAAAAACUUGAACGAGCCACGCAAAGAGAGAAGCAAAUGAUUUUCGAUGAGAUUGUUAAAGCAGCACAAGGAUUGAUGACUGAUGUUUUCGGGAAUUACGUUGUACAGAAGUUCUUUGAGCACGGCACAGUUGAUCAAAAAAAGAAACUCUGUGAAGCGAUUAAGGGACAAGUUCUUCAGUUGGCAUUGCAGAUGUACGGUUGUCGAGUGAUUCAGAAAGCGUUAGAAUCAAUCGAAGAGCCGCAACAGUUAGAGAUUUUGAAAGAAAUGGAGGGACAGGUGCUGAAAUGUGUGAAAGAUCAGAACGGGAAUCACGUUGUGCAAAAGAUGAUCGAACGGGUUCAACCGGAGAAGUUGCAGUUCAUCAUUGAUGCUUUUUUGAAGGCACCGGAUACGGUCUCCCAACUCUCGACUCAUCCCUAUGGUUGUCGGGUGAUCCAGCGAGUGCUCGAGUACUGCAAUGAGGAGCAAAAGGGACCAAUUUUGGCAAAACUUCACGAUAAUAUCAAGACGCUUGUUAUUGAUCAAUAUGGAAAUUAUGUGGUGCAACAUGUGAUCGAACAUGGAACAGAAGAUGAUCGAGAGAAGAUCAUUACGCAGAUUUGCCAAGAUGUUCUUCGCUUCUCCCAGCACAAAUUCGCCUCAAAUGUCAUUGAGAAAUGUCUCACCUGUGCUUCAGUCAAUCACAAGAACAUGUUGAUUUCAAGUGUUUGUGGGCAACCGAAUGACCCAAACCCGCCAUUGAUGCAAAUGAUGAGAGAUCAAUAUGCGAAUUACGUUGUGCAGAAGAUGUUGGAUGUGGCUGAUUCAACUCAUCGAAAGAAGAUGCUUUUCACGAUUAAACCUCACAUUCAACAGUUGAAGAAGUUCAAUUAUGGAAAGCAUAUUAUCACGAAGCUCGAGAAAUACUUCAACAAGUCCGGAAUUCCCACUCAAAUCCCCUCAAAUCAAUCACAAAGCAGUUUCAUGCAAGGAAUGGACAUUUAUCCAGCUUUC